AUGGUCAUCUGGUUUUUGCUUUCCCUCUCAUUGUAUAGUUUAUUUGUUGUGUCUUAUGGAGCAGUUUGGGUUCUAGAACCAGAAAAAGUUCCCAAAAAUUGGCAAGAAAAAAUACUGCUAAAGCAAAAGAGAAAGAAGGAAUUCUUUGAGGUUUCUCCUAUAAAAAAAUAUGCAAAAAUCCAGAACCAACUACUCAUUCUGACAGAAUCAGAUGGCUCCCAGACAGCUAUCCAGUUAAAGGGCUGCACCAUUGAAGCUGUUUCCUCAACAAGUCUACCUUCAAGAAAAUGGGCCAAAAGGUUCCCCAUAAAAUUGGAUAGCAAGUCCACCAUAAUAUACAAAGGAAGUAAAGUCUUUUACAUUUAUCUUGAAACUUCAUGGGAGAAGGAAUCAUGGUGUAAAGCUCUUCGUCUGGCAUCUAGCAAUGACAAAGAGAAACUUGAUUGGUUUGCGAAGUUGCAUGAAGAAUUUCGCUGUUACUUGACAUUGUUAAAUGCAGGAUAUCCUUCACUCAUGAAACACUCCGGAGGGUUCUCUUCUGCUGAACCCGUAGAUAGGGAAAAUAGGAUUGAUGGUUCUUCCUCAAAGGUUCGUAUGUUCUUGAAAAAAAUCACAAAGAAGUAUGCUAAGGUUGGUCCAGAUAAUAAGUUGAGCUGGACUUCAUCCUUAGGCCGUGAAGAAAGAAAGAUAAGUGAGAAGAAUCGUACAUGUCAGGAUUCUAUUUCUCUCAGUAGCUUGGUAGAUGCUAGUCCACCAGUGAAGAGGGCUAAGAGUUUCACAGAAGGGAAUUUGGCAAUUCUGCCUUCAUCAACCUUAACUCAUUCUGAUAGCCAGAGUCAUAUAUCUGUCAUCUCUGAUGCAGACUCUGAUGAAAAGUUUAGUACUGAUGAGGCAACACUUUGUUGGAAUUUGUUAAUUUCACGGCUCUUCUUUGAUGCCAAAAGCAGUGUGGAGAUGAAAAAAACCAUAAAAGCUCAGAUUCAGAGGACAUUGUCCAAUAUGAGGACCCCAAGUUACAUUGGUGAAGUGAUUUGUACAGACAUUAAUACUGGGAAUCUCCCACCUUAUAUCCAUGGUAUGAAAGUUCUGCCGAUGGACAUGAAUGAUGUAUGGGCUUUGGAAGUUGACAUUGGAUAUUAUGGUGGUGCGGUGUUAAACGUUGAGACAAGAUUGGAAGUCCGGGAACUAGAAUUCCAGAAAGGCAGUGAGGAUUCAAGUCCAGAAUCAGGCUCUGUUAGGGAUGUGUCAACCGAACUUCUUGAAGAAUUUGAGUAUUUCGGGAAGCAGUUAAAUCUUGCUGAAGGGACAGCUGAUGUGCUAGAGCAUAAGGAAGAAUGUGACCCAAAACCUGAUGGAUCAAAGAGCUCCAAGAGCAAUAUGUCCUCAUCAAAUUAUGGAUCCAGGUGGAAGCCACUUCUAAAUUCCAUUGCCAAACAAGUUUCACAGACCGGUUAUGGUUUGCCUCUCUCUUUGGAAAUAAGAAUAGCAUCCCUUCGAGGAACACUGCGGUUACAUAUCAAGCCACCUCCUUCAGACCAGUUAUGGUUUGCCUUCACAUCCAUGCCUGAUAUAGAUUUCAGCCUGGACUCGUCAGUGGGAGAUCACAAGAUUACUAGUGGACGCAUAGCUCUGUUUCUGAUCAGUCGACUUAAGACAGCAAUCCGAGAAACUCUAGUUCUUCCAAACUUCGAAAGUGUAUGCAUACCAUGGAUGCUAGCAGAAAAGGAUGAUUGGUUACCCCGAACGGUUGCUCCUUUCAUAUGGCUUAACCAAGAAUGCGUGAAUGAUCCCACCACUGUAUGUGAAGUACCCAUCUGCCAACCCACUGAAGGAAAAUACAAGACAGAAGCUAACAAGGGAACCUCCAGUGAUCAUUCACAACCCAGGGAUAAAAAACUCAAGAAGGCCGUGUCUAUUGAACAGCCAUUUGGUGAAUCCUCAGAUGCUUUAGUCUUUUCAGUGAGUUCCAAUGAUCUGUCUGCUGGGAGUACUGACGGGACUAUUCAAGAAUUGAGAACCCCUUUAUUGGGGAAUGGUGAACCACAAGACACUUUCAAACACAAGCUAGAGAAGACACCAGAGAGUCAAUCACCAUCACCAUCACCUUCGUGGUCUACUAUAUUGUUGGAUAAAGAGAAUCAUACCAGUGAAGAAGAUGAAUCAAGGCGAAAGAGAAUGGGGAGAAAAGCAAGGAUGCUUGAUCUGGGGAAGAAGAUGGGGGAGAAAUUGGAAGAAAAGAGGCGCCACAUUGAGGAGAAGAGUAGAAACAUCGUUGAGAAGAUGAGAGGCGUAAGAGACAUAGUUGCAUUGUUGAUAGUUGUUGCAUCAAUUAUUUGUAUAUUUUUUUCAGUUGUCUAAAAUGCCUUGAGUACUGAAAUCUUUUCUUAUUCGUGCAUUUGGAGAGAAUUUACCUUAUGCAUUA